AUGGCCGCUACGGGACGCAGCAAUAGCAACUCUACGAGAAGUAGUCCGGUUGUGAACCAGGGGAGCAACCUGGAGAUGGAACUUGCGGCCAAAGAGAAAGAGUUCCAUAGCGGUAAAGCGCUGCGUAGGAGAUCGGAUACAGGCGUUUCUCCCUUUUAUGCGUUACCGUUGUUUACGUUCGACCACGCAGCGACGUCAAACAAGACGACUCCGCCUAAUCGCAGUCAAUCAAAGAGAAAGCAAAUUCGAAACGUCGACAAGAGAAGCAAUCAGAUGCCCCAUCAAACGCAACCUAUCAUCUCCACUGAAAUCGGCCCGCACGAUAAUUUAAUAACAAAAAACGCACCGUGGCCGCCUACGGGCGAUAUUGUGCCCUACCGCUUGGGCAAUAAGGCGUCGGGCCGGUGCGGCGCGGCGGGUAAUUACGGCCGAAACACGCGAGCCGACAUGAAAGCAAAUGUCAAACUCACAUAUUUAUUGUCCAAGUAU